UCCUUUGCUGUGCAGAAGCUUUUUAUCUUCAUGAGGUCCCAAUAGUUCAUUCUUGCUUUUAAUUCCCUCACCUGUGGGGAUGUCAGAUCGGAGAUCCUAACGUGUUCAGCCAUUUCCCACCUCAAAUUCUCGUGUGAAUGCCAACAUCCUUCUUCGGACUCUGGGCACCCAGGUCUCACUCUUGCCACAAGUCACGGACGGCUUGGGGGUUUGGUCUGCAUUCUGGACCCCAAGCCUCCUGAUGUCCAUGGUGCUGUGUCUGACUCUGUGUCCCUCCUGUGUUCUACCUCAGGGUAUGAACAUCUCACCCAUGCCCGACAAUGAGAACCGUGAGGAAGGGACCACCGAAGGAGGCUGGAUGCUACUGGAACAGCGAGUGGAGCACCUGGUACCUGCUUUCCUGGGUAGAGACCCCUCCUACCUCUUCACAUUCUUGAGCACGUACAGAGCUUUUGCUACCACCCAGCAGGUCCUGGAAAUACUGUUUAUGAGAUACGGAUGCUUCCAUUCGGAGGCUGAGGAGGAUGGCGGACCCCGGGAGCAGGAGAAACGGGCCAUCUCCUCCAUCCUGGGCACCUGGCUGGAUCACUACCCCGAGGAAUUUUUCCGCCCUCCAGACUUCACCAGCUUGAAGCUGCUGCGGGCGUUUGUAGGGGUCCACAUGCCGGGCUCCGAGCUGCAGCGCCGCGCCCGCCUUCUCUACUCAUGGCGGAAACACCCUUUGGUAGCAGCUCUAGAGCCCCGUCCAGACGUGCCUCGGGAGCGAGCCCCCGCUAUCUCUGUGGUGCCCACUGCAGCCUCGUAGCCCAGGCUGCCGGAAGCCACCAGUUCUCCUGGAGCUCAGCGCGUACGAGAAUCGGAGACCCUCACUGCAGCGUCCCCGCCAGGGCAGGAGGUACUCCCAGCUCUGGCUGACAGUCAGGAGCUGGAAGAGCCACCUGCCCCUUUGGUGGCCCCAGAGCAUGAGCAGCCCUCAGCCCCAGCCGGCGGGGUCACGGAAGGGCUGGAGCAACCACCUGCUGCAACUGAGCAACCAGCCUCAGCUCCCCAUCAGCGGCUCAUGUUGGUUUGUCAUGAUAGGAUUGGGCAUAGAGGUAUUUAGUGUACUCAUGUACUAUUGGCUUCUACUUAACACAUAAAUACAGUUUCAAAAAAUUUA